AUUUAUUAAAAGUAAUACCAAUUUUAAGAGCAAUAAAAAAUAAUUAAUAAUAGAUAUGGAUAUAUUAUUUUUUGUAGUUUGGAGAAAUAUUUAUCUCAGAAAUUUAAUUAUAGGUUAUGUUAAACAAUUCAAUUAUAAAAAUUAUCGUUUUUCAUCAAGAGCUGAAUAUUCACGUCUAUUUAAUAAAUUUUUUAAAGUAAAUAUUACAUUGGAUUUUAAUGAAGAAAUAUUCAAAUACGAUUUACCAUAUACAGUAGAAACACUUCAUUUUGGCCCGGAGUUCAAAAGAAAGAUUAAAGAAGGUGAUAUUCCACCAUUUGUUAAAAGGCUAACCUUUAAAAAAUUUGAUCAUGUGUUAAAUCCUGGUGAUAUCCCAUCGACCGUAGAGAAAUUGGAUUUUGGUGAAAGCUUCAAUCAGGUAUUAAAAAAAGGGGUUAUUCCAAGUUCAGUAAAAACACUUUUAUUUGGGACACACUAUAACCAGCCUUUUGAUGAAAAUGUACUACCAUCAUCAUUAGAGACGUUAGUAUUUGGGAAUAGGUUCAAUCAAAAGCUAAAGGUAGGAGAUAUUCCUUCAUCAGUUAAAACUCUAAUUUUAAGUGAUAAGUUCAACCAACCAUUAAAAGUAGGGGUUCUUCCAUCAUCUCUAGUUUCAUUAACGUUUGGUGAAUAUUUCAAAGAACAACUAAAAGAGGGCUUCAUUCCAUCAUCAACAAAGGAAUUGAAGUUUGGUACUAAGUUUAAUCAGAAGCUCAAAAAAGGCGACAUACCUCCAUCAGUGGAAGACUUAGUGUUUGGUUAUAAUUAUAAUAAAAAAAUUAAUAAAGGAGAUAUUCCAUCCUCAGUAAAAAAAAUUUCAUUUGGGCAUUACUUUAAUCAGGUGCUUGAUGAAGGAUCUAUUCCAUUCUCGGUUAAAAUAUUGUUCUUUGGUGAUUGUUUCAAUCAAAAACUUAAAGUUGGUGACAUUCCAUCCUCUGUAGAAAUUUUAUAUUUUGGUCAAGAUUUCAAACAAAUUCUUGAAGAGGGGCACAUACCAUCAUCUGUUAAAUUCCUUGUCUUAGGUAUUUAUUUCAAUGAGCCAAUUAAAGUAGGUGUCAUUCCAUCUUCAGUCGAAACAUUAAUAUUUGGGGAGUAUUUUAACCAAGAACUAGUUGAAGGAACUAUUCCAAAUUCUGUUAAAAAAUUGACAUUUGGUUAUCAUUAUAACAAAAUGAUAAGACCUGGAUCCAUUCCUCCAUCGGUCGAAACUCUAACAUUUGGACGUAAUAUCAAACAUCAAAUCUUAGCAGGUGCAAUUCCACCCUCAGUUAAAAAUUUAUCAUUUGGGUAUUAAAAAAAAAAAAGAGAAAAAAAAAAACCCAGUAGUUACAAGAUAUUAUUCAUAUAUUUCUUUCAAUUAUUUUCAAUAUUUUUUUAGAAAUAAAACUAUAAAUAAUUAAUUAUUAUUUAAAUUUAU